CCACUGUUUGCUACGAGGGAGCUCCAGCUAAGGCAAAAUUCCUAAGCGAGGAGGAGGAGGUGGCAGCCGCAGGAGCUGUGGAGGUCUCCUCCUUUCCUAGCUCUUUACAUCACUUUUUUCGUUAGGCCUUUGGUAUACGGGGGUUUGUUAAUUGUUUUGGUACCUCCCCGGAUUUCUUUUCUACUUCUGUUGAGAGAGUGAGGCUGUACCCACAAACAAAAAGAACCAAAAGGGCCAUUCUGACAGCAAAGCAAAGAGAAUAAGGAAAAAAUGAAAUAGCAAAAGAUUCCUGAGUCACACACUCCAUAUGUCAUCCUAGAGAACAGAGGGUCAUGCAAACUUCCCCUUUUUUUCUCAUUUGGGGACAAAGUAAUUUUUGAGCUCUUAAAGCCAUGAAGACAAACAAGCUGGCGGAAGUGCUUCUGCUGAUGUAACCCAAAGUGUUUUGCUUUCUAACUUACCUGAGAGCACAACAGGGGCAGCAAUGGAGACUGUUGUGAUCGUGGCCAUUGGGGUGUUGGCAACCAUCUUCCUGGCUUCUUUUGUGGCCCUAGUUGCGGUGUGCAGGCAACGUUACUGCCGGCCCAAGGACUUCUUAAACCAUUAUGAUACCAGGCCCAUCGUUGAUCAAACUGGCACCAUGGAGACGCAGUCAGAACCGUCAGAACUGGAGUUGGAUGAUGUGGUGAUAACAAACCCACAUAUUGAAGCAAUCCUGGAGAAUGAAGACUGGAUCGAAGAUGCUUCGGGCCUGGUCUCCCAUUGCAUUGCUAUCUUAAAGAUCUGCCACACUCUCACAGAGAAGCUUGUUGCCAUGACAAUGGGUUCAGGGGCCCAAAUGAAGUCUCCAGCAAGCCUCAGUGACAUCAUUGUGGUUGCCAAGCGGAUCAGCCCCAGGGUUGAUGAUGUGGUGCGAUCCAUGUACCCACCACUGGACCCCAAACUUUUGGAUGCCAGGACAACAGCACUGCUGCUUUCAGUGAGCCAUCUGGUCUUGAUUACCCGGAACGCCUGCCACUCUCCCAGCCGCAUGGACUGGAUUGACCAAUCGCUCUCUGCAGCAGAGGAGCACAUGGCUGUGCUGCGCGAGGCAGCCCUUGCCUCUGAACCAGAGCAUGCUGCACCCGGCAGUGAAGGCUUCCUACAGGAGCAGUCUGCAAUCUGAGAGAGAAAGCCUGGAAGCCUGAAGGCUCUUCUAAUGAACUGCCCUUUACCACCUCCUCUAUACCCUCACCAAGCAUCACUGUCAAAGCUUAUGCUACCCUCUGCAUAGCAUAGUUCUGUGGAAUGGUUAGCAUCCCAGAGAUACAGAACUGAAACUCCACUCUCUUGCUGUUUUGUUAUAACACUCCCGCAUGUGGGAGAUGGUGACCCCGAGACAUCUUAAAUCCUGGAUUGGAGGCGGGCUGCUGUUGGCUGUUUGUUUGCAAUGAUUUCAUUGUGGAAAUGGUUGUAGUAUAAAUGAGGCCAGAUAAAGGGAUUGUGUUGAAUUCUGAAAACUCUAUGGAUUGCAAAAAGCUACUUUAGGCAUUCCUACGGGUUUAAAGACACAACUAGUGGAAUUGUUGACUUUAAGUAUAAAAUCCCCCAUGCCAAUAUCACAAGCUACUUUUGAAAGUUCCCUCAAUUUCUGGAAAUGUAGAACUAGUCUGUGUAGUUCUUUAGAUUCUGGACUCUGGCCUGUGUUCCUAAUGUUUUAUUUUUACAUCCUUUGUGCCACCUACAGUCUAAACUGAAGACUCUAAAGAGCUGGAAUGUUAAUUUUCUUGUAAAUUUCUUGUGCACAGUACCAAUUAAAUUGAGAUUGUCCAGGUUGUUCAACAUUUAAAUGUAGGCAGCUUCUUGCCGAAUCCCAUUUAGGGCACUCAAUAAAGGCUGUUUAUUGAGCGUUGAGCAUCCUGAUUUGUUCCCACAAAAUUUAUACAGAGGUUAUAGAACAUCACUGUCUAGUGGCUGUUAUUCUGUGCAAUUUUCGUACUGCAGAAAGUUUGAUAAGUGAUAGAAAACUGUACUGUAAAGUGUGGAGUAACAACCACUGUUGUUAUUGUUAUGUGCCUUCAAGUUGAUUAUGACUUAUAGUGACCCUAUGAAUCGGUGACCUCCAGUAGCAUUUGUCAUGAACCACCCUGUUCAGAUCUUGUAAGUUCAGGUCAUAGAUCAUAGAAUAGUAGAAUUGGAAGGGGCCUAUAAGGCCAUCAAGUCCAACCCCCUGCUCAAUGCAGGAAUCCAAAUCAAAGCAUUCCCAACAGAUGGCUGUCCAGCUGCCUCUUGAAUGCCUCUAGUGUCGGAGAGCCCACUACCUCUCUAGGUAAUUGGUUCCUAUGGCUCUAACAGUUACGAAGUUUUUCCUGAUGUCCAGUUGAAAUCUGGCUUCCUGCAACUUGAGCCCAUUAUUCCGUGUCCUGCACUCUGGGAUGAUCGAGAAGAGAUCCCGGCCCUCCUAUGUGUGACAACCUUUCAUGUACUUGAAGAGUGCUAUCGUAUCUCCCCUCAGUCUUCUCUUCUCCAGGCUAAACAUGCCCAGUUCUUUCAGUCUCUCCUCAUAGGGCUUUGUUUCCAGUCCCCUGAUCAUCCUUGUUGCCCACCUCUGAACCUGUUCCAGUUUGUCUGCAUCCUUGAAGUGCGGAGACUAGAACUGGACACAGUAUUCAGGAUGAGGCCUAACAAGUGCUGAAUAGAGGGGAACUAAUACUUCACACGAUUUGGAAACUAUAAUUCUGUUAAUGCAGCCUAAUAGCGUUUGCUUUUUUUGCAGCCACAUCGCACUGUUGGCCCAUAUUCAGCUUGUGAUCAACGACAAUUCCGAGAUCCAUUUUGCAUGUCGUAUUGCUGAGCCAAGUAUCACCCAUCUUAUAACUGUGCAUUUGGUUUCUUUUUCCUAAGUGUAGAACUUUGCAUUUAUUCCUGUUGAAUUUCAUUCUGUUGUUUUCAGCCCAAUGCUCCAGCCUAUCAAGGUCCCUUUGAAUUUUGUUUCUGUUUUCCAUGGUAUUAGCUGUGCCCCCCAAUUUUGUAUCAUCUGCAAAUUUGAUAAGCAUGCUCUGUACCUCCUUAUCUAAGUCGUUAAUAAAAAUGUUGAAGAGCACUGGGCCCAGGACUGAGCCCUGUGAUACCCCACUCGUUACUUCCGCCCAGUUUGAGAAGGAACCAUUGAUAAGUACUCUUUGAGUAUGCUUUUGGAACAAACUGUGGAUCCACCUGAUAGUUGUUCCAUCCAGCCCACAUUUAGCUAGCUUGCUAAUCAGAGUAUCAGGGGGCACUUUGCCAAAAGCUUUGCUGAAGUCGAGAUAUAUUAUGUCCACAGCAUUCCCACAGUCUACAAGGGAGGUUACCUGUGGCUUCCUAUAUGGAAUCAAUCCAUCUCUUGCUUGGUCUUCCUCUUUUUCUACUCCCUUCUGUUUUUCCCAGCAUUAUUGUCUUUUGUAGUGAAUCAUGUCUUCUCAUUAUGUGUCCAAAGUAUGAUAACCUCAGUUUCAUCGUUUUAGCUUCUAGUGACAGUUCUGGUUUAAUUUGUUCUGACACGAAAUUAUUUGUCUUUUUCGCAGUCCAUGGUAUGCACAAAACUCUCCUCCAAUACCACAGUUCAAAUGAGUAACACCCACUAGAUGGCAACAUUGUAUAACUUUGCAAAAAUGUUGUCCAUACAAAUCAGGAUGAAUGCUCAAUAAAUAGCCACUCAGAAGCACCCUUAGUCUAAACUGGUUUUAUGCAAAUUGAUUCCUCCUAUGCAGAAAUAAGCAUUUUUAUUCCUUUGGGAUAAUCCUGUAAGCAUUUUUAUUCCUUUGGGAUUGUAUGCACAUAAGUUUCUUGACAAAAUUUAGGGCAGGUCUUCAGAUCAUGCUUUCCCCAUUCAUAUCUAUUUAUGUCACUUGUGCUUAUUUGUAACAGAUAUUCUCACGCAUAAAAUAAAAAAUAUUGAGUUAACCCUGCACCAGCAUCAAGCCCGUGCUUGAUUCUAAAAUGAAAGGUGUAGAGUCUCACCCCAAUUCCAUACUAUAGUGUCUGAUGUGGAUGCCUUUUCACCAGGGCCAGCCCAACACAUUUAACUGCCUGAGAUGGAGCACCAAAUGCUCCUUUUGCAGUCCAGGGUGCAAAGCACACAAGGCAUAAAAUCUCUAUUGCAAAAUACAAUAAAUGAAAUAACUAACAAUCUGCAGCUCUUUCAUGACACUCAAAAUCAGCUGACUCUGCCUUAUGGUAGGUCCAUACCAAUACCAACUUCUACAUGUGCGUGGGCUGCCUGUGGCUCAGUGGACUCUACACAUGUUCAGAUACUUGUUUGUUACUAAUGCUAAUUUUUAAAAACAUCCAAUAUUCCCUCUUCUUAAGGAAGAUGAGCUUGGAAAAGUUACUUUUUUGAACUACAACUCCCAUCAGUCCAAUCCAGUGGCCUUGCUGGCUGGGGCUGAUGGGAGUUGUAGUUCAAAAAAGUAACUUUUCCAAGCCCUCAUGUGUCUGAAUCUUAGUCAGCUGAUUCGUUGCUCACACAACUGCUCCCAAAACUAUACUCGUUCCUAGCUUGAGAUGUGCACAUAUUUUCAUCUGUUGACACUCCUAAUUCAAACCAUUUCCUGAAAUCAAGAUGGGAGUUCUCAUCACCUACACUUGAGAGUGCUUCCAGCCAGGGGCUUAAAACUGCAAGCAGGUCAUUCAGAUAUUGCAAAGAGGUCUUUGGCAACAGUUUUUUUUUAACUUACUGGAUUUUAUGUGGUAAAGGUAAAUCUCUAUUAAAUUGGGGUGGGGUGGAAUACAGGCUGGCAUUUGGGUGCCCUUGACAGCAUGUGGAUGGUCUGAAAAAUUUGUAUGCAUGAGCAGCACCAAUCCCAUAGCAAACAGGCAGGCUUUUGGGGUGGGCUAGAUUUUAUCGUCAUUGUUUUUGGAUUUCUAAUGUCUAUUAUAUUUGUAUGCCUAUUUUGUACGUCGCCCAGAGUGGCUGGAUAGCCAGCCAGAUGGGCGACUAAGAAAUUCAAUAAAUAAAUACAUAAACACCCAUCUGGAAGCACCCCUCAAUUUUGUGUGUGUGUGUGUGUGUGUGUUGGACAUGUCCCUCAAAUAAUUGGUUAUAAUUAAAAGAACCUAUAACAUAGUAAAAAAAACCCACAAUUUUAAAAACAAGAAAAUAGUAUACAAUGUAUAUAAUUAUCUCAUUUUGACAAUAGACUACUGGUAUUCUCAGAAUCUAA